AUGGCAAAUUAUAAAAGGUGCAAUGAGGAAGAUGUCCGUGUGGUAGUAACUAUAGAAGAAAUCAAAUCAACAUUAUCAUCAAAACAUGAUGUUGAUGAACAUCAUCUUCCUAAAGAGUUGUUUACAUUUCAAUUAUUUGUUGAUGAAGAAGUCUGGAUACCACCAGAAUUAAAUUAUAAACAAAUGAUUUGCCAUUAUUUGCUAGGAAUUCUAAAGGCGAUAAGAAAAUCGAUAAAUAAAAAAUGGCCUGAUCUUGCAAAAUCGAUGGCAUUAGAAUGUCUUGAUAAUGUUGAACAUGAAUCAUUAAAAGUUGGAGAUUCAUUCUUAUUUGCGACGUGUGAAUCGAAUUCAAUUAAUCUGUCAACGAGGUCACUAUUAUCACCGACAUCAUUAUCGGAUUCAACUUAUCAAACCAGCGCCACGAAUAUAAAUUCAUGCAUAAUCUCAGCGUUAUUAUCAAAGUCGAACCUAUCGCAUUUGUUACAAAAAGAUUUAAUUAAUCAAAGAUCAAAUGAUUCAUUUAACGAAAUUCAAGGGCAGGUCUAUGAAUUCCUUAACAAUAAUUUUUUUGCCGUCCAAACGGAGGAUGAUGAUUGUUUCGAACAAUUGGAUAUUGAAAUAAUUAAACAUCAAUUAUCGGUUUACUUGAAUAGUGAAUCAAAAGAUAUUAUAGAAGAAUUCAAUUGGAAAUUGCCUGUAAAGUUGGAAAAGAUACAAAAUAUUUGUGAAGAGAUUUCAAAUGAUAUUGUUAAUUAUUUAAUAGACCAUUUACAUUGGUGGCAACAUAACUUUACGGAAGAACAUUCAUAUUCAACGAUUUUCUUAAUCGGUAGUUGUUUCAAAACAAAAUAUCUAGUCGAUCUAGUCAAACUAAAAUUUAUUGAGAAUUAUAAAAUGGAAUUUACCAAAUCUUACAUUUCCGAUUUGAUAUUUAUAGAUAAAUCUUCUAGUUCCGCUUCAAGACACGGCGCUGUCAUUCAUAUACAGGAUGAUAAGAUUAAAGAAAAUUAUUUGAAAGAAAUCAAGAAAAAAAACAUUGAACAUUAA